AGAGAGCAGCGGCAGCAGGCGCGGCCGGGGGCGGAAGUCCUUUGUUGCUGCAGCAGAGGAGGCGGCGGCCGCGCCGGCAGAACAGCCGGGGCCCUUCUCCUCUGCGCUGAGACCUCCCCAGCGCUUUGGCCGCAGAAGCCUCAGAUAAAGUAUCACAGCUCUUCCCCACCCAUGCUUAAAAGGAUGUUGACAGACUGGAAGAAGUGCAGAAGAGACCUACAAAGAUGAUAGCAAAGUUUAGACAGCAGAUCAGAUGAGACAGAGCUGCAGGAACAGGGUUGUGAUUCAAGCACAAGAUGGCAAGGACUAGCCAUAGCAAUUAUGUCCUUCAACAACUGAACAACCAAAGAGAAUGGGGAUUUCUCUGUGAUUGCUGUAUUGCAAUUGAUGAUAUCUACUUCCAGGCGCAUAAGGCUGUCUUGGCUGCUUGCAGUUCUUAUUUUAGGAUGUUUUUCAUGAGCCAGCAGCAAAGCACAGCUCAGUUGAACCUCAGCAACAUGAAGAUUACAGCUGAGUGCUUUGAUCUCAUUUUACAGUUUAUGUAUUUAGGGAAAAUCAUGACAGCCCCAGCUAACUUUGAGCAAUUUAAAGUAGCCAUGAACUCCCUACAGCUCUACAACGUGCCAGAAUGUCUGGAAGAUAUACAAGAUACAGACUCCUCUGGUUUACAGUGCUCUUCUUCUGCUUCCAGCACUCAAAAUAGCAAAAUGAUUUUUGGUGUUCGGAUGUAUGAAGAUACACAGACUAAAAACAAGAGCGAAGCAAACAAGUGGGGUGCAGAGCCAUCAAGUUCUACUGUGAGUACUUCCCAAAGCAGAGAAGUUGAUGAUGAAGCUUUGCAAUUAAACCAUUUCUCUGAGCAAUCUUUGGAGAGUUGCAAAAGGACCACUGUGUCAAAACUCUCAGGUGCCAAAGACAGAGUGCCCAAUUCACGGCGCUUUGGGAGAAGUUUUACCUGUGAUGGCUGUGGCUUCAGUUUCAGCUGUGAGAGGCUAUUAGAUGAGCAUAUCAUGUCAUGCACUAAUAGGCAUUCUUAUCAGAAUCCCAGGUAUUUGGGGUCUGAGAAGGACAGCAGUGAAAGGGACUCUACUUCUAAAAUGUCAGUUUCUCAAUUGGAGAAAUAUCAAGCAAGUGCAAACCAAUCUGCUGAGAGUUCUUCUUCCACAACAUCAAAUAUAACAAGUGGAAAAAGCAGGGGUGCCUCAUCAGAGCCAUUAAAUGAAGAGCGUAGUAGAGCCACAGAAAGAAAAAGGAUUAUCGUCAAAAUGGAACCAGAUGAUAACCCUACAGAUGACCUGAAAGAGUUUAAUAUUGUUAAAGUAACAAAUGGCAAUGAUUCCACUGAUAAUGAAGAGCUAGAUGAUGAUGAAUCUGUUUAUAGAUACUACAUUGAGGAAGAUGUCAGUGAAAAUAGAAGUGUUAGAAAGGCUCUUUUAAAACCCCACAUGCUUAUUGGUGAGCAAGCUAGGAAAUAUAUUAAAAGUACCAGAGUCCUUGCAAGUAAAAUCAGUGCAAAUAAAGCCAAGGAGGUGACGGAAAAUGCAUCUUGUGAACUGUGUGGUCUGACAAUCACAGAAGAAGAUUUGUCUUCUCAUUACUUAUCCAAACACAUAGAAAAUAUAUGUGCCUGUGGAAAAUGUGGCCAAAUAUUAGUAAAAGGACGGCAGUUACAGGAUCAUGCACAGACUUGUGGAGAGCCACAAGACUUAACCACCAAUGGUUUAAGGAACAUGGAGGAGAAAAUUGACUUGGAAGAGAGUCCUGAAGAACAAUCUGAAAACCAAGAAAUGAUGUACGUAGACAUGUUAGAUGAGUUUGGAGACAGCCAUUUUCAGAUGAACACACUUCCCAAAAAACAGCUGUACAGGGAUUCAGCAUGCCCCUUCCGAUGUCCUAACUGUGGAUUACGUUUUGAAACAGAGAAUCUGGUAGUUGAACAUAUGUCCAGUUGUUUGGAACAAGAUCUGUUUAAGAAUGCAAUUAUGGAAGAGAACGAAAGGGAUCACCGACGCAAGCAUUUCUGUAAUCUUUGUGGGAAAGGGUUUUAUCAGCGUUGUCAUUUGCGAGAACAUUAUACUGUGCACACCAAGGAAAAACAAUUUGUUUGUCAGACAUGUGGGAAGCAGUUUUUACGAGAGCGUCAGCUGCGCCUUCAUAAUGACAUGCACAAAGGCAUGGCCAGGUAUAUCUGCUCCAUUUGUGACCAAGGGAACUUCCGAAAACAUGAUCAUGUCCGGCAUAUGAUAUCCCAUCUAUCACCUGGAGAGACAAUUUGUCAAGUCUGUUUCCAGAUUUUUCCAAAUAAUGAACAACUUGAACAGCACAUGGAUGUUCAUCUGUACACAUGUGGGGUUUGUGGAGCCAAAUUUAAUCUGAGAAAAGAUAUGCGAUCUCAUUAUAAUGCUAAGCAUUUGAAACGAACAUGACCACAUAAUGCUUGUUUGACAAGACCUAGAACAAAAGCAAAUGGAACACCAAAGCAAAACAAACAGUAGUGCAUAAAAAAAUUGAUCAGCUGGUUUUUAAAUGUCUGUUUUUAUCUUCGUUAUAGGGUCUUAAACUACAGUACAUAGCAUAAACAGUACCUAAUGUUUCAUUAUUGCAUUUUUAUUUUUGUCUCAUGUUAACUUUUUGUUGGUUUUUUUUUUCCACCAGAGUAUUCAAGCUAUUAUUUUUAAACCCUCAAGUUUUAAAAGCACGCUGUAGUAUUACCUUAGUCAUUAGCUUCUAUUAAACAGCAUCUCAAUUCUAUCAACAUAGGAUGCCUGCUUAUAUUUCUAUGUGUGUUUUAUUUUUUUCCUUUUUUUCUUAUGAACAAUUUAAAUUACAUAGAUUUAAAAUAUGCAAGGAUAGUCUUAAGGCCAAGAAAUAAUUACUGGAUACUAUCUAUAACAGAAUCCACCAUGUUUAGGUAUAUAGAAAUUCAUGGACAUACUGAGUUGCAGGAGGUUUUUUGCUUGUUAUAAGAAUAUAAGGUUAUCUUUGAUAUUCUGUCAUUUGCAUUUCAUGUACCCAGCAUAAUUAGUGCAUUUUGUUACUUCUGCAACGGUAUCUUGAGAUGAGGAGGACUGCAAAUGAGUUCCAUACUUCAGAAUCAUUUUACAUAUUUGUAUUUCCUGUAUAAUUUUACACUGUUGUAAUCUGCUCUAAAGAUGUGCUGCAGCUGAAAAUAUGUGAAGUUCCCAUAAAUAUACCCAUAAGAUACUUCAUAAAAUAUCUGGAAUAGAACUUAAACCAAAAGUAAGCAACCUUUUGCCUUCCAGAUAUUUUAGGGUAGGCCAGAAGUGAAUUUGAAUGGAUCAAUUCAGUUUAAUGGGAAAAUGUGCAAGUUGGAAUCAUGUUUAUCCUCAUUUUUUAAAAAAAUGUCAUGUUUUCUUUUUUUUUUCUACUUGGCUUUACCUGGUAGUCUAGACGGUAUUCUGAGGUGUUAAAUUAAUGUGCACAUUCUCCAUGAAUCUCGUGUUUGUCCUACUCAGCAAUCUUUUGAAGCAAUUUUUUGGAGCCUUGGAAUAGAUACAAGGAAAGACAGUACAAAGAAAAGCAGACAACAAUCUGAAAAGAAGUGGGAUGCUUUUGUCAAGGAGUUCUCUUAUCUAUACAUUUUAGGGGCUUUCUUAUUUCUUCAAUCCUUUCCAAUUCUGGAAACUCCAGAAUUGAAAGUUGGUUUGAAUUGUUUACUGAGGAUGGGCAGAAAUAAUUGAAAUGUCAGUCUGCAGUGCUUGUCAGCUUUGAAAAAUGAUUCUGUAAAUUUCAUGUUAAGAGGGCAAUAUUGAAGCUGCUUUGGUUUCUUAGAGAAGCAACUAUGCAUUUUCCUUUUUUCUACAGUGCCCAUCUUUUUUCCUGUAUUUACUUUGAAACUAAGGAUGAUUGAAUCAUUGUUACGGGGAUAAGGAUCCUCCCUCUUCUGUAGCUUCACUUUUUAAAGCUAAAAACUCUUAGUUUAGAGAUAGCUUGUGGGGUUCCAGAUGUUGCUGAAGGACAAUUCCACAUUAGCCAAUAUGCUAAUACUAAAAAUACUGAGAAUUGUGGUUCAGCAUUUGGAGUGCCAUGGAUUGGCUUAACCUUCCUAGUGCUUGUUGCUUAUAGUUUCUUAAGCAUUAAGCUCCUUAAUUUGAAAGCAGCAGAAUGAUUAUUUUGUAAGCUAAAUUCUGGACUAUAUUACUGAGGAAUAAGCUGUGUGUGAAAUGAAAAAUGAAAACAACUGCCUGAACUAUCCUGGACAUUAAAAAAAAUCUUUAUAAUUUACCUUAUUUUUUAAGGGUAAGAACCAUAUAAUUCCAAAACGCUCCCUUUUCCAGGCUGCAAGAAUUAACAGUCCUACACUUGUUAAUUUAUGUUAUAAGAAUAGAUUAAGAGUCCUUUGACUGGUAAUUUGACUGCUACUCCUUCAACACCAACAUAUCCAGAUCCUCCUACUGAGCAGGAUGUGGUUUUCUCCACCCAACCCAUUUUUAUCUUCAGUAAAGACUGUAGAAUCCAGGUCUCUACAAUAGGCACAAUUCCCAUGAGGAGUUUGAGUCUAAGACUUUUUGGUCAUAUCACUUUUCCAGGGAUAGGCACUCUUUUGGGCCAAAUGAUGUAAGUCUACAUCAUGCUUUAGGAGACAUACAUAAGCUAAUGGCACGUGCAUAUAUGGGAUGAUAGAGUUGCAUGGAAACAUUCCCAGAUAGAUACAAAGCCAUCAUUACCUGUCAUUGAUAGUGUCAUGAUCAUUCAAGCCACUUGUUGCAAGAAAGAAAAAAUUACCUCCAUAGGCAGCAAUAAAAGUCAUGCUCUAAGGAAAAAGAAUCUGUAUUUUUAUCCCUUUUUUAAUCCAAUAAAAGGGGAGCAAACCAUUCCUGCUCCAUCCUUGGCAGGACUGGUGCAAUAAUUACUCCAUGUCCCUUCCAUGUAAAAGAAAAAGUGGAUAAGCAGAACCAAAGUGCAAGUGUAAGGGGCUGGUAUGUAAGUAUAGUGUGUAUGCAUGGAGUGUUGGGAACCUGGGAAGCUUGUCUGUCACAUUGCUAAUGCCUGUUGCAAUCUACCAAAGAAUCCCGUACCAUUGCACUGCUUCCAGUAUUUAUGUACGGUAUUGUUAAAGUUUGCUCUAGUUAUGCUGCUUUGCAUCAAAUGUAAAAAAAAAUGAGCUGCUGUGCCUGAUGUAGAAACUAGUUUAGAAAGAAAUAGCCCUGCAAUCAAUGUAUAUAACUUCAGGAAUGUGCUAUGUUGGCUCAUGUGACAAACAUUUACACUUUUUGCAAUGUACAAAGCUCUUUAUACAGUACAUAGUUUUAUUCAUUUUUCAAAGAUAUUCUAGCUGCUGAUUUUGAAGAAAAUUAAGCAGGUUUUCAUCUGAUUACUACGAUGAGAGAUCACUAGGAAAUCCCAAGGUUGUAGGCUAGACUGAAAGCACAAAAAUAUCUCAAAAGGGAAUGGCAAAUCUUUUCUGUAUUGUUGCUAAACGAAACUACAUGAUGGUUUACAUGUAAUCAGUUUACAGAGUCAUGGAAGUCUUCAAUUUUAUUCAAAAUAAAUCAUCUGAGUUCAAUGCAUAUUCUUCCAAAUAA